CAACAAAAGCGAGUUAGAACACACCGAAAAAGAACUUAGUAUUGAAGGUGUCUCUGGCGGGAAUGGAACAAGAAAAGAAAAAUAAAACAGUGGUAUACAAUAAAAACAACAAUAAACAAAACGAAAAACGUGCAAAAAUCAUUGGGAAAGUUGCCUGCAACAUGAAAACAGCCAAUGAACCGUGUCGCAGCCUGCGAGGGAGUGCAAGUGUUUUGGCUUUGGCCGCACUCUGCUCACUCUUCACACCGGUAGUUAUGCCACCCAACUACUUACACCGGAGCUAUUAACAAUAUCGUUGGCAACGUGGAUAAAUAUGUGCCACUAAAUGUGGCACAUGGUAUUUUUCGAGUACUCUUCGCUCCAACUUAUGCCCCAAUCGCUGUGCGGUGGAUGCGCUCUUGAAACAGUCAACGCGCGACCACCGACUCUACUGAACCAGCUGGCAUAAUAGCCGGGAUAUCGGUAUCAGCGAAAUAAAUGGCAUUUGUAUUGACUGCUUAUUGCCAAACUUCGUUUCGGCUAAAAUGAAAAAAAAAAUUCAAGAAAUAAAACUAAUAAUAAAAAAAUGAAACUGAAAAUCUAAGCAAGGCAAACCAAAUCAAUAAAUACCAAUUUUUAUGGCAUUGUAUUUGCAUUAAUUAUUGAUGAAAAUAGUAAAAAUCGUGCUACAAAAGAGUGGAGCGGUUGUGCGCUUAAGGGUGUUUUUUUUUACCGUUGCUGUUGGCGAGUGUGCCGUGCGUGCGUGUAAUUCAGUCAGUCUCGUUGUGAAUAACAUGAGCUAAGCUAUAUUAACAACCAAAACACGUUAAAUACUUGAAUUUGAUUGAAUCAAGCAGAAGCGCCUAAAAGCAGGCUAUUACGGCGAAAAUUAAAACGAGCGUGUGCCACACCAGCCAGUUUGUCGACAGUUGGUGCGCGUUUUUAAGACCCGCUUUAAUGGCUUUGUCGCUUAGUACGCGUCAAGCGGUUUCGCAAAUGCCAUCCACCGCAUGGCCACGGCAGACACAGCAGCACCAACGUUCACCUGCUGCCAUGCAGCAGAGUCAACAGCGCGCGUCCAUGCACUUGCGUCUGCAGAAGCAGCAUUCAUUUAGCGAAGCCAAUCGGACGCAGCCAAUUGGCGCCGGCGGUGGUGGUCAUUUCUUGGCUGCGCGUAGAACCGGUAGUGGUUACCUGACACGUGGUCUCUCUGUGGAUCGUUCGCUGGAGAGUAUACGUCAGAAGACAGCUGCGGCGCAUGAAGCGCAAAACAAACGCAUUAGUAUGCGAAAAUCCGCUAAAAGUGGCGCUGUGGGAUUGAAAGGCAAUAAAAAUGCAACUCUUGCCGAGGGGAAGUUCGGUUAUACGCGUGCAGGUUCAACGUCGUCACUUUUAAAGUCUUUGGAUCAAGAGUUGAAACAAGUUAACGGUCAGUUAGGGCAGCGGCAGCGUUACAGUGGCAAUAGCGCGUGUGUUCCAGCAAAUAUUGAAGAUCAGUCUGAGGCAGAAAGUCUCAGCAGCGAGUCAAAUACGCUGCUGCCACCAUCCGAGCAUCAGGUUAAAGCUGCAAAUUCCUCGCCAACACUCAAGCGGCAUAACAGUAAAGUAAAUUUGAAUAUUGUGCUUUCACAUGCUAUUAAUUACAAGCCAACAAACGGCAACGAAUCCAAUACCAGUGAUAUUGAAAGUGCUUCAGAAGUCACUGAGCACAAACGCAAGACCACAACACAAGCGCGUACGCUGCGCACCGAUUUGCCUGCACGUACUCUUGCGCCAGCAGUGAGCACUACGGCUGCUGCCACUACAACAACAACUGCCAAUGAAACUGUCCAACAACGUCGCGCACAAUUUCGUUCUAGUCGCAAUGUCACACUAAAUACAAGCACUAACUUGGCAGCAAGUGUGCCCACCGCAAAUAACGCCACUGUAGUUAUUAAUCAGCAGGAGGACGUAGGCGCCGCGCCCUUGAUUUCCAAUACUAGUGGUGGCGCAUUCAACGCCGCACCAUCGCUAAUCGUACAGCGUCGACCGCCUUUGGUGCGUGCUAUGUCUGCGCCGGUGCGUUCUCGUUCGCUCGAUGAGAAUGCCAAAGGUGUGUUUGCGUUUCAAAAACGUAAAUUGCGUCGUCGUAAGCCGAUCACGCGUAACGCCAGCGUUUGUGAGAAAAAUGAUGAUGAUGUACUUUUUGAUUUGAAUGGUGUUAAUGGCAAAAAACCGCCAAUAUCGCGUACACGUUCCACAUUGGCGGUCGAUGUGAUUACACUUGUUUCGCUCGUCAGCUCUGAAGGUAGCGACUCGGAAAAAGAAGAUAGCCCACCGGAAACUGGGCAGCGCAAUAUAGAACGUUCGCGUAGCACUGGUGCACCCACAUUGCGAAAGACGGGUAAAUCAGUUUCCUUCCAAGAGAACUAUCCCCCAAACUUUCAACUUGCUACAAAGGAAUAUUCACAUAUGAUACGUCGCGGCUCGAUUGCACCAUUAGCUGCACGCUUACGCUCUAACCGACCACCAACAGCACCGCCAGUAUCAAUUUUCAUGAGUGAAGCAAAUGGCAACAAUGCAAUGACAACAAAUACCACAGAAAACUUGGAAAUCAGCAAUAGUGGUGACUCAAAUGCCAACAAUGUCUUGGAUAGCACGCAAAACACCGCGAAAGGCGCAACCGAGCUUGUAAGUAAUGACAAACAAAACGAAGAAUAUAUCUGCCCGGAAUACGUGCGCACGUUGAAGGAGCGCGAGUGUUGGAAAUUAUAUCGUAAAAUGUCUGUUAAAGGUGUUAGUGUCACUUAUGAGACGGUGUUGCGUGGCAUGCUGACACCGACUGAAUUUCGACAAAUACAAAAACAACGUGAAAUUGAAGAAGCAAAAGCACGCGCUUUGGAAGAGGAGAAGGAUGCAACACUUGAACAACAGACACCCACUUCAGCAGUAGAUCGUUUAACGCAGAAAUUGUUGAAAAAGUAGUUGAAAUUUCAAAAAUAUAUAUAUUCUUAUCUGAAUACUGCAACUAAAAUAUAGUUUAAAAUGUAAUCAUAUAUACUAUAUGUAGUGAAUUGUUGCACAGUUAGGAUAAAGCUUUGUUAUAUUGUGCAUUUUUUAAUAAAAUUCACAUAAGUGCGCUUACUUAGAACA